AAAAAGUAAAUAAAAUAACCUGGUAAACAUAUGGUGCACUUUUUAAUCAAUUGAGAUCAGCGCAUUAUCAACAUUUAAGUAUUUGUUUCUAAUUUGGAAAGAAUCCGGUAUAAUAAUAUUGAUGGUAACAUUCAUAGCCAUAAUUUAGGUCUAUCAACUCUUAUUUUGCUUAUUGAUUGUUGAAUAUUUUGUUUAAUUUUUAUAAGAUGUCGUCUGUCGACGUAUAGGUGGUAAAAUUGAUUACUUUGGCAUUUUAUUAAAGUUCCAUGAGUCUAUUCUACUCGAAAUAUUCUUUUGUUGCUUGUAAAUUAUGUGUUCCACGUAGUAGAAGGAUAUUAUGUAUUCGAUAUCUAAGUUCAAUUAGUCCAGAAAAAACAUUGAAUUCAACGAUGUCGCACGUCAAAUCCAGAAUUAGCAGCAUUGAGAAAUCGAAACAGGAUGAUCGAGAAUAUAGAGGAUUGAUUCUCGAUAAUGACAUGAAAGUUGUGCUCAUAAGUGAUCCCACUACGGACAAGGCAGCCGCUUCACUCGAUGUCAAUGUUGGUUUCAUGAGCGAGCCACGACACCUGCCUGGGCUGGCUCACUUUUGCGAGCACAUGCUUUUCUUGGGAACGAAAAAAUAUCCCGAAGAGAAUGAGUACAGCAAAUACCUUUCCGAACACGGAGGCAUGAGCAAUGCUUACACCGAUACCGAACACACCAAUUACUAUUUCGAUGUGGUUCCUGAAAACUUGGGUGGAGCGCUAGACAGAUUCGCGCAGUUCUUUCUGGGUCCUCUAUUCAAUGAAAGUGCAACUGAUAGGGAAGUGAAAGCAGUAAACUCUGAACACGAGAAAAACGUUUCAAACGACUCAUGGAGGAUGGACCAAAUGGAUAAGUCAACCUCAAAACCUGACCAUCCCUACAAUCACUUUGGAACCGGAAACAAAGAAACACUUGUGAGACUACCAAAAGAGCAAGGAAUUGAUAUUCGUGAAGAACUUCUGAAGUUCCAUUCCAAGUGGUACUCCUCAAACAUAAUGUCGCUAUGUGUACUGGGCAAAGAUGAUUUGGACACGUUGGAGAAACUGGUUGUUGAUCUCUUCAGUGCAACAGAAAACAAGCACGUUGAAGUUGCAGAAUGGCUUGACCAUCCCUAUGGACCAGAUCAAUUGAAAAGUAAGGGUUUCAUUGUCCCCGUGAAGGAUCUGCGCAAUCUCAACAUACUCUUUCCUAUUCCGGACCUUACAGAGCAUUACAAGGCCUCGCCGGGUGGAUUCCUGACACACCUGAUCGGACACGAGGGCUCAGGCAGCCUGUUGUCAGCGCUGAAGGCUGCAGGCUGGUGCAGCAAUCUGAGCUGUGGGGUGCGCACUCCGGCCAACGGGUUCGCAUUUUUCAGCAUCUCCGUCGACCUCACUGAGGACGGCAUUGAGCAUGUCGAUGACAUCAUCAAAUACACUUUCCAGUACAUCCAUUUGCUCGAAAAAGAAGGCAUACAGGAGUGGUUAUUCAAGGAGAAUAGAGACAUUUUAGCAAUGCACUUCAGGUUCAAGGAUAAAGUGGUGCCUUCUAGUUACGUUUCAUACUUGAGUCGUGCAGCACAUGAUUAUCCAUUGGAAGAAUUACUAUGUGCUCCAUAUUUAUUGAAAGAAUGGAGGCCUGAUCUCAUCAAGAAUGUUCUGAGCCGUUUGACCCCAGAUAAUAUGAGAGUUGCUGUAAUUGGAAAAAAAUUUGAAUCUAUUGCUGAUCAGACCGAAAAAUGGUAUGGAACGAAAUACAAACAUGAGAGGAUUCCUGAUUCUUUGCUUGAGAGUUGGAAAAAAGCAGGACUGAGCAGUGAUCUUCACUUACCUGAACCGAAUGAAUUCAUACCAACCGACUUCGAACUUGCUCCCAGGGAUACUGAUCCCUCUCCGCAUCCUUGUAUUGCAAAAGAAACCAACAUUUCACGAACUUGGUACAAGCAAGAUGACGUAUUUCUCCUGCCGAAGUGCAACUUGAAAUUUGAGUUCAUCAGCUCGAUGGUAUACCUGGAUCCAUUGAAUACAAAUAUGACAAGCAUGUUUGUUGUUCUACUAAAGGAUGCCUUGAACGAGUAUGCAUAUUCUGCUGAUCUAGCUGGUCUCAAAUGGGACCUUACAAGCACCAAGUAUGGAUUGGAGCUGGUUAUUGGUGGAUACAAUCAUAAACAACAUGUGCUUCUUGAGAAGGUCAUUGACAAGAUGACAAAUUUCACUAUUGAUCCCAAGAGAUUUGAAAUCUUGAAAGAAAAUUUCAUACGUUCACUGAAAAAUUUUGAAGCAGAGCAGCCAUACCAGCAUGCAGUGUAUUACUUGACUGUUUUACUGUCCGAGCACGCGUGGACUGUUGACCAGUUACUGGCUGCAGCUCAUGAAAUGACUGUUGAGAAAGUUGCCGAAUUCAUACCUCAGUUACUGUCAAAAGUCUACAUAGUCAGCCUCGUUCAUGGAAACACCACCAAGCAGAGGGCUCUGGAAAUGAUCGGCCGUGUGGAGGAGGCACUGAAUAGGAGUGUGGGCUUAUGACCAUUACUGCCCUGCCAGCUGUUGCGAAAUAGAGAAAUACAGCUGGCAGAUGGUGCUAACUACAUAAUGCAGAUUGAAAACAGUUACCAUAAGAGCUCUUGCGUGGAGACGUACUACCAAUGCAGCCUGCAGUCGACCGAGUCCAAUGUGCUGGCUGAACUGUUUGCUCAGAUCAUUUCAGUGUCAGCCAACAACACUCUGCGUACUCAAGAGCAGUUGGGCUAUAUUGUUUGGAGUGGUGUGAGACGAGCAAGUGGAGUGCAAGGCAUCCGGUUCAUAGUGCAGUCGGAACGCCACCCAGCCUAUGUGGACAGCAGAAUUGAAGCAUUCCUUGUAUCUGCUGGGGAAGAUCUACGUAGAAUGGAUCAAGAAGAGUUCGACAGACACAAAGAAGCAUUGGCAGCUCAACGGUUAGAGAAACCGAAAAAACUCAUCGUCCAAACAGGCCGCUACUGGAGUGAAAUCGCGAUGCAGCAGUACAACUUUGAUAGAGCUAACAUCGAAGUUGACUAUCUACGCAACAAAGUAACAAAAGACGAUGUUAUCAAAUUUUACGACGAACUGCUAAGUGCAAACUCAUCAAAAAGGCACAAGCUGGCAAUUCACGUGUUAUCUAAGGCGGAAGGCGGUGCUGGUACAAUCGAAGAUGGCGAGAAAACAGCUUCAAAUGGUGACGGACAGACUGAUCCGAAUGCUGAGAUCAUAGAGGAUUUGAUUGAAUUCAAGAGCAGUCAGUGCUUGUUCCCGCUGGUGCAGCCGUUCCUGCAAGUGGGACUCCGAUUCCGCUCCACCAAAGCAAAGCUCUGACAAAUUAGACACAUUGCCAAACCAGUCGGUGUAAAACCAGCUUGGCUUUACUGGACUGGCAUUAGCUCACUACUCAUAUUCUUUUUCAUGCGACCUGUUCGAUAGUUUGAAAUUAUUAUACUUAUCAUUAUCAGAUAAGUGCUGUCCUAUUUGAAAGCACAAUGCUAUCAGAUCUUACUAUAAUUUACCAUUGUUUAUUCAUAGUAAUUAUUUUAGGUUCGAAUUGGAUUUUGUGUUGAAAGUUUUUGAGUUUCAUUUAAUGGCUUGAUAUUGUAGGUAAUAUAUAUUUGAUAUAUUUCAAUUUACACUCAAAUAUAUUGGAUGGCUUGAUGAAUUACAUUCUAUUUGAAUUCAGAGA